UUUCAAAAGAGAGCCUAAAGGAGCUCUUGCCAAGAACAGAUCUUCUGACCCUGUGUGAACAAAUGUGCGCAGUUGUAAAGGUAAGAAUUGAAAUCCAGCACUCAACUUGAAAAUUUAUACAAGCAUGCAUUCUAAUUCUUAAUUUUUAACCUCUAUAUCAAGGUGAGUAUAAUGAUCUUUCACAAAAUGAACGCUGAAUCUUUUAGAGUUUUUCCGUACCAAGGUGUAAUAAGGAUCUUGUACAAAAUGAACGCUGAAUCUUCUAGAGGAUACUAUUUCCUUGUUAUCAUUGAUUCAUAUAUUAAGCAGAUAUAACUGGUUGUUUUCGAACUAUUAAUGGUUCGCUUGCUUUCCGCACAAAAGACACCGGUCAGUAACAACUUCUUUACUUUCAGUAAUUAAAAUCAUAGAGAUGUAACGAUAGCUUUGUUGAUAAACUUCAAUUUCUAUGUCAACUGUGCAUCAUCAUUAAUUGCGUAACGCUACUAAAAGCGCCAUCAGGGCAUCAUAUGUCACACAAAGAACAUUUUCUUGAUGGCUUUCCCCAGCUUUAGCUUAAAAACUAAUGUUAGAAUGAAAUCAACGGUUGCUAGUCUUGGACCAGUCACAAAUAGUUACGGGAAAUCUGGUUUAAUCUCAAUUUUUUACACGCAAAUCUGCCUAUUUACGUCAAUACCUGACCUUGGUAAUGUUUUGACGCCAUUAAGUCUUGGCAUGCCAACAUACCAGAAAUUAAACGAGUACCGAUAUCAACGUCCAAAUAUUCAGAACUCCCUUUAGAAGACUAUUUCCGGGUUUUCAUAUUGUGUAUCUUUUGAACUGGAUAAGAAAACUCCUCAUGAUACCAGAAGUGUACCCACAACUAUCCGACAUAUCCUUGUUCCGCGCCGGCUCUAUCUCGGCCUCUUCCGUGGUUUCCUUUCCUUCCGAACUUACGUUUUUUGGUCUGUUGAACUUAGUUUUUUCACGCGUCAAAAAUGCGACUCAGAUACCAUGAAAUUAAAACGUGAGAAUACUGCCCCAGAAAGAAGACGUUUCCAGUAGCUUCGCAAAUCAAAUUAGGAGUGCGGGGACAAUUGUAGGCGUUUUUUUUUUUUAAGAAAGUAUGGUGUGAAAAUUUGGCACUACGAGUGGCUUUCAUCAGUUGAAUCAUUGAUCUCUAACUUUCCAUUUCUUGCUCUUAGAAGCUGAGCAGAAAAACUUUGCACAGAAAGUCGCCACCAUUGAAUGCAUGGGGGAGAUCGCGGGAGUCUAUGUGCUGCUGGUAUUCACCAUCCUCCUCGUCAUUUCAGUCAUUACUUUAUUUAUACAUGUUCGAAAAUUACAAAAAACCGUCGAAAUGCUAACGAGACCAUUCGAAUACUGCAAGCCAUUCGUUACAGUGGUCGAACGUCGAAGAAAAAAUAAGCAAAAAGACCCAAAAACAAUGGGAACACCCAGCCCUCCACCACCAAGGCCCUUAUCUGGCACAUGUCCUUGGAUUUUGGAGUCUAAGGAGAGUGUUGUUAUUGUACCCUCACGGGGAGAGUCCCCAAAGGAAGUGUUCUGCGACAACGAUUUAUCCUUAUUGGAGGUCAAUACAGCCACGUGUGAUACAUUUUAAAUACCCUUUGACAGUGAAGGUUAACUGAACUAAUCUUUCUAUGAGAAGAGCAUUCAUGGAAAGCUAAGUAAAACUUAGCGAAAAAAAGUAAUCCAUCGUAAAGUAAUUGAAAGGUUGUAAAUUUCCUUCUGCCGUCAAGAAUGGACAACUGUUCUUCUAGCUUUAAGGUACUCCAGCUCAUCCAAGGAAAGUUAGGAACGCUUUGAUCUUCUUUCAUUCAAUACCAAAAAUUGUGUUCAGCUCUUCAAAAUUAAACCUAAUAUAUACGUAAAGAGGAUUUAUAAAUCUAUAUAAUCUAGCUUGGUGCGAGAAGAAGACUGAUCGUUCAAGACAACACUGUUCCGGCAAAAUUCUUGGUCAGGCUACGGUACAUUCUGUGAUUCAUUCAUGUAUCAUUUUAAAUGUCAAAAACUUGUUUUAUAGUCGAGUUCUCACACGAAGAUGCAAAUGAUAUUACAGGCUAAAAUAGCUGUACAAACCUUCAUCAGUAGUUUCAUCUUCUAGACACCUAAAAAAAAUGGUUUCUCAUACACAAAGAAACCCAUGCUUGGACAUUUCCUCCUUCCUCCCCGCGGCAGGGAGAACCCUGGGAAUCAGUCUACCAUUAGCGUCACGCAAGAAUUAGAAAGGAACAUUGAAGAUUACGUGAUGUAAUGUUUGUAGUACGUCGUGACCAGUCGAACACGUAUAUCUUCAGAUUUCAUCCUUAUUCAGUCAUAAUCAACAAACCGUAAUUUCGCGGACAUGAACAGUUUCACCUCCGCAAUUUUUCUUGUCGUUGCCGUUGGGGAAGUUGGAGGAAAAAGCAAUCCUACCAAGAAUGAGAAACUCACAAAAGGUAUUGUGCUCUCUCCAAAGUCAAAAAUCGUACUUAAUGGUUUCCAACACUCGUAGUUUACCUAAAAAAGUUGCGAAAUCCAAUCGCACGAACUGUAACGAAAACAUUAGUUCAAAAGGACCCGGGUUUAUCUCCGUUUAUCUCCUCGCAGCACGAACCGUCUUCAAGACUCAAAAGCCGUUGAGGACAAAAAUUUCAAAAAUAGUUCUUUGCCCAAGAAAUACGAAACAGAUUUAACCAUUAUAAAUGUGUCAUUCGUCAGUCUGGAUGAGUGGCCCUUCCCGAUAAAUAUAAAAGUUUAAUCAAAUUAGGAUAUGCUUAGGAAUCAGCCCAAAUAACAAAAUUCUUAACCCGUUUCUUCACAAGUAAUUUAAAUUCUUUCACAUUUUGGGGGCGGUGCGCGUAUAUUGAGCGCUAGAAAGAGAUUGGGGUCAGUAUAUUUAACCUUUCAGAUCUAUGAUAGUUGUAAGAAUUCAUCAAUAUAUCAGAAAGAUAAACUGCUGGUUUAGUGUAAAAGGGCAAAAAAAAAAACGUGUAACCGCCUUCCUGCGCAAAGUUACGAUUUAACGAUACUUGAAAUGAGCGGGAGGCGGCGUCAAAAUUUCUAUUUUUUUGUGCAAGGUUGUAGCUAUUACUCUGCGUGACCUAAGUUCAUUUUAUUUCAACAAGGAAAAAUAGUAAACCAGUGUGUCUAGGAUUUUGACUUAGUUUCGUGGGUGCCUUAACACCAGUCUAUUUAAAAAAUAAACUUAUAUGCAGUCUGAAUAGUCGUAUGCUAUUACAGUCAACUGUUUAUGAUUUGAAGCCAGGGAUUUAAAGGAACUACUCCGCAUCAAACUCUGAAUAGGUUGUUUUAUCAAGUAAAUUAUGGUAAAACAACGAGAAAAAUUACUCGAAAGAGCUUAAAGUGGUUAAAGCAAUUUGAGAUUUUCAUCUUAACAAACUAUUGGAAGUGGUCACAUUAAUGAAAUCUCUACAAGCUUUGACUAAUUGCUCUUUACUCUGCGAUAGUUUAUGUCCGUUUGCGAGAUUCCAGUAUUUCUUAUGCUGGACGAGUGGAGAUAAGCAACGACGAGGAGAGCUGGGGCACAAUUUGCGACAAGCACUGGACCAAAGAUGAUGCCAAUGUCAUAUGCAAACAGCUAGACUUUCCGCUUGCAGUGGCCGCUGUCCCCAUGGCUGGCUUUAGCGCAGGCACAGGACCUAUAUUUCUUAAAGAUGUGAAGUGCACCGGCAGUGAGAGAUCACUGCUAGGAUGCGAAUACGACGUAUGGAAAAAGCAUGACGUCAAUGAGUCAUGUGACCACAGCAUGGAUGUGGGAGUUGUCUGCUACCCUCAUAAAGAAAGUAAUAUGUAACAAAGUACUGUUUGUUUAAACCUCUACAUUGUAAGGGAGGUAAACCUUUUGCCAACUGAAAGGUCUGUUACCAUAAUCAACUUUAGGGGGGCAAGUUCGUAAGCCUUACGAGCAUACCGGAAACUGCUACUGCUGGAGUUAUUGUGGUUUCCUUUGAACAUUAAUUUAUUAGAAUCAUUUCUGAUUAUCCUCAAUGAGAAGCUAACCUGCCCAGGUAACCCAGACCAUCUCGUCAAGUUUCCCUGCAAUAUUGCCAGUACCACUUACUCUCCGAGGGGCAGCGCAGCUCUGUGAGAGCAGAGUGCAACUCAAUAACUCGGCCAAGGCUCGAACCCUAAUCUGAUGAUCUUAGAUCCAGCCAGUAAGUAACUACGUUUCCCACAGACGAUAGGUAGUAGGGUAAGAUAUCCAAUAUGUUAAUAUUAACCCCUGAUGAAAUUUUGUAUUUGCCUUCAUAACAGUUUUGCCUAUAAUCAUCAUGAUAGUCUUGGGAUUUCUUCUUGGAGUAUCCUGCCUUGUAAACGUCUGCUUAAUCUACUACGUGUGCUGCAAACGAAAACGAAAGAAAAAACGUCAUUUGACGGCCGUGCAACAGAGCACCUUAUCAAGAAGAACUGGAUCACAAGCAGGGCUAGACAAUUUGGGGAUACAGAGCGACAUUUGCACAGAACCGUCUACUAAUAUCAGACAAAACAACUUACUAAUCCAGAAAAACGGAAUCAAGCCGGCCGACCCAAGUGAAGAUGAAAAUUCUAAACAACUAUCGAGAGAAGCAGCCGCUGAUCAGUGGGAGAUGGAGCAACAUGUUUAUCAGCGGCUGCAAUCAUGUGUAUUAGAUCCGAUGUCCGAGGAGUACAUAGAAAUUUUGGAACACGGACCCCAAAAGUCGCCCAAUCAACACGCAGAAAGGAAGGAGAUUGUAGAAUCAGUUAGGGCUGCUAGUUACCAGUCUCUUAAACCGAAAGGAUUGGAACACAGUAAGGAUGAUGGGAAUGGAAAGGUGAAUCGCUACGAACAUUUACAGCUGCGAGAUAGACUCCCAGAAGAAGUCCAGCCUUCCCUGGUCGAGCAGGGCCCGAGCACCAAUGAGAAUGCAAACGAAGAUAUUCCCGAUUAUGUUGAUAUUGUUGAUGAUGGAAGGUUAGUGACGAGUGCUAAGGCACCGCCUACGUCAUCGGGAACAACAAUCAGUAAUUCAUAUGAAACGCUAAAACCAGCACAAGGCUCUCCAUCACAUCAAGUGGACGCAGCCGGCCCAUGCUCUACACCAGCUGCGGACCAGAAUUCCGUUCAAGUGGCGAGCCAAGAAGAAGAUAAUUACAUGGAACUUCUAGCCUGAGAACGAGGCUACUAGAUUAUGAACUACCUGAUUGAAAUUAGGCUCUGACGAAUGUGAUUAAUAGCGCUGACUGAGCAAGAAAAUGGACCCUUCAUUCCUCAGAUCAUUUUAAAGUUAUAUUGAAUAGGGGCGUGGCCAGGAUUUUUCAAAGGGGGGGGGGGGUCACACUGUGCCAAACAGAAGGUAAACACUAGAUUGUCAUGUCGACCUCUACGCCGUGUUUUACCCAAUGUAACAAAAAAAAAGGCUUACAAAGGGGGAGUCACGGGCACCCCGAGACCCCCUCCUCAUUAGCUACGCCCUUGUUGAAAGGUCAUUUGGUCUCCUGAUAAUAACGCGACAUAAGCAUUGCUUCACUUUGCUUUGCCUGUUUUCGUGGAAAGUAAUCUAUGACAGAACCAGCAUAUGUUGAUUCUUGACACAGGAAUA